UAAUUAGCUUUUAUUUCAAUUUGGGAACACCUAAAAAGACAUGGUUAGUGAAUUAUUGAUGUUCCCUUCCUUUCCCUUGCUUUUAUAUUCUCUGAUAUGCAUCGAUCUUCUAAGCUAAUAGCUAUUUUUUAUCAUUGGAUACCUGCCUGUGGUUGAGCUUUCUGCACUGGCUGAUCCUUUUGCCGUUGCCGUUCGUUGCCGUUGCCGUUGCCGUUCGUUGCCGUUGCUGUUGCUGUUGCUGUGUGUAAAGAGAUGGAAGAGUUCCUGCUUGCUAGCUAGCCACUCAUCCCAUGCCUGCUGAUCAUUCUCACCAAAAUCACCGCUCCAAAAGACUCUACAUGUUGCAGAUCUUGGUUUAUUCUUCAGAUCUAGCUCUUGGUUAUUCCAGUAACAAAGUGAGAAAAUUGAGAUUCUAUUUCUCAUUGUCAUUUCAGUACAUUUGCUGAAACAUAACAAGAGAAAUGGAGGUUCUCCUUGCCAUUGGAGGUACAAUUGCUGGUGAAAUUGCUAAGAACUUGGUGGCUCCUAUUUGGCGACCGAUUUAUUAUCUGAUUUAUUACAAACAUAACAUCGAGAAUUUGAAAGAGGAGCUUCAGAAACUGGAUGACAAGAGAACUGAGGUGGGGCUACGUGUGAAUAACGCCAAAAGCAACUUGCAGGUUGUUGUUGAUUCUGUAAUUCGUUGGCAAGAGAAAGCAGAUGGCAUUGAUAGGAGGAGUAAAGAAUUUAUUCAAAAUGAAAUGAACGUGAACAAGUGUUUGAACCGUUAUUCCUUGAGUAGAAAAGCUAAGAAGAUGACAGAAAAUAUGCUUGCUUUGCUCGAAGAAGCGAGGAAUUUUGGUGAAAUAGCCUAUCCUGAUCCUUGUCACAAGAUAGAAUUAUGGUUCAGUGAUGAACGCAUCAAGAAUUUUAAAUCAAGGGAAUCAAUUCUAGAUGACAUCUUGAUGGCCUUAAAGAAUGACGAUCUUCGUGUGAUUGGGAUUUGCGGAAUGAGUGGUAUCGGUAAAACCACUAUGGUAAAGCAGCUUAUGAAAAACAUGGAAACAAAGAAAUUGUUUGACGAGUUUGCUAUGGUAGCCGUGUCUGAUACUCCUGACUUCAGAAAGAUCCAAGAUGAAAUUGCAUCUUGCUUGCGAUUGGAACUCAAGAGUAAUGAAAGUGAGGUGGACAGAAAAAGCAAACUGUAUCAGAGGCUUACCAACUGUGAUAAGAGGAUCCUUCUAAUAUUGGAUGAUGUUUGGAAGGAGGAUGGUUUAGGAGAAAUUGGAGUUCCUUUAGGUUGCAGAAGCAAUGGAUGCAAAAUUGUGUUGACUUCACGAAAUGAAUUUGUGUUCUCUAGUUUGGAAAGUCAAAAAAAUUUCCUAAUGAAAGUUCUGAAUGAUGAAGAAGCUCUCGUUCUUUUCAAAGAGACAGCAGGCGACUCAAUUGGCCAUGAUUUACUCGACACGGUGAAGGAGAUUGUAAAUGAAUGUAAAGGCUUACCAAUUGCCAUUGUAACUCUUUCCAAGGCAUUAAAAAACAAAAGCAAACACAUUUGGAAUGAUGUGCUUCGACAAUUAAAGAAUUCUAAGCUGGAAGAUAUCUCAGGAAUGAAGACAAAGGUGUUUUCUGCAAUUGAAUUAAGUUACAAUUAUUUGGAAGAUGAAGAGGCCAAGUCAUGCUUUUUGCUUUGUAGCUUGUUCCCUGAAGAUUUCAAUAUUCUGGUUGAAGAUUUGCUUGAAUUUGGAAUGGGCCUAAGGCUGUUUAAAGAUGUUGAAUAUGUGCAUGAAGGAAGAGAUAGGAUCUAUAAGCUUAUUGAUAUGCUCAAAGGGUCAAAUUUGUUGCUUGAAGGUGAUGACAAACGGAACGAGUCUGUCAAAAUGCAUGACCUUGUCCGUGAUGUAGCCAUAUCACUUGCCUCCAGAAAUAAGCAGUGGCACACAUUACAAAGUCAAGCUAGAAUAAAUGAGUGGCAAGGUAAGGAUUGGUACAAUAAUUGCACUGCAAUUUCACUUCUGUGUGAAGACAUAAAAAAACUUAAAGACCAUUUGAAGUGUCCGAACCUUGAACUCUUACAGCUUUGGCAUGAUUGUCAGAAUGAUUGUCAGUUAGAAAGCCUUCCAAUCAACGUGUUAGAAGGGAUGAAAGGACUCAGAGUUCUAUCUAUAGCCUCCCGUAUCCCAUCACUGCCACAAUCAAUCGAUGUCUUGAAGAAUCUUCAAACCUUAUGUCUUUGGAAUGAUAGGCUAAACGAGAUGCAUACAAUUGGAGAUCUCGUGAAACUGGAAAUACUUGAAGUUCGUAGUUAUCGUUUAGAAAAGCUACCAGCAGAAAUAGGAUCACUGAAAAAUCUAAGGUUGCUAAACCUGCGCAGGGUCGAGAACCUUAGAUACAUUCCACCAGAUGUAUUAGUAGGGUUGUCCAAACUAGAAGAGUUGUAUCUUCCACAUAGAUAUAAGAUGAAAUGGGAAUGGAAGGAAGACGAAGAGAAAACCAAUGCAAGCCUCAGCGAGCUAGAGACUCAUCAUAUAACUGCAUUGCAUAUUACUGUAGUAAAUGCCUACAUUUCACCUAAAGAUUCAGUCUUUAGAAACUUAAUAAGAUUCCACAUUUUUGUAGGCUACUCAAAGGUUUGUAUUGUUCACAAAGAUUCAGAGAAUGUGUUGCAUCUUAAAGGAGAUGCAAGUGAUAUUAAAGGGAGUGGGAUAUGUGUUUUGUUGAGGAAAGUUGAAGUCUUGUGUUUGGAAGAAGUGAAAAAUUUGAAGAAAAUUGUAAAUGAGAUAGAAGAUAAUAGUUUUGCGGAUUUGAAGCGAGAUGAAUGUGUUGAUGCACUAGUGAGAAUUCCAGAGUCUCCAAAAAGUCCCCUCCCAUACUUGAGCAAUUUAAGAAAAGUAGAAAUAUAUGGAUGUGAUGAGUUGAAGUACUUUAUUCCACUAUCCAUGGCUAGAGAGUUGAGGCAACUUCACAGCAUGAAGGUAACGGUGUGCAAAAAGAUGGAGGGAAUUUUCUAUAGAAACAAAGUGAAUGAUGAGAUUGAGUCGCCACUUAUAACUCUCCACUUGGAAAACCUUCCAAACUUCAUAGGAUUUAUCUAUAAGGAUAUAGAAGAGUCUAGUGCAUCUCAAAUGAACAAUAGGAUGGAAAUUGUUCAAUCUAAGACUGAACCAGUGGAAAAUAUUUCUAUAUUAUUUUCUUCUCUUUGGCUACGACUAUCAAAGUUGCAAAAGCUUAUUUUGUAUAAUUGUGGUUUGGGAAAAGCACUGUUUCCUCCUUCUGUUGCCCAGCAAUUUACGCAGCUUAAAGAAUUAAAAAUCUUAGCAUGUCAUAAGAUGGAAUAUAUAGUUGCAGAAGCAAAAGAAGAAGAAAAAAGCAAGGGCAUAAGCAAAAUAGCAUUUCCUAAUCUAACUAAGCUUGAUCUUGGUGAUCUACCAGAGCUGGUGGCUUUCUUUGCAGACAAUGAUAUUUCUUUUGAGUUGUACUCAUUAGUAUGUUUGGAGAUAUGGUCUUGUCCUAAACUGAAGACACAUUAUUGUGAAACUCCAGACUCAUCAACUUUGGACAAAAGUUACGAUCAAAGUGAGCUCAAAGUCAUGUUCCCAACAAGCUCAAUUGCUCAACGCUUACUAAGAAGAGGAAAGCCAAAAGAUGUUUCCAAGAAAAAGGAUAUGGAGAUGGAGCAGCCAAGCACAUCUCAAAUGAAAAGUGGACCAAUGGAAAUGAUUUCUACAUUUUUUUUUCCACCAAGUUCACCAUUAUUAAAUUUGCGAGAGCUUCAUAUCUGUCACUGUGAUUUUCUAGAAGCAGCCUUUCCUCUCUCUGUAGCUCAACAAUUGGUGCAGCUUAAAGACUUAACCAUUUUGUCAUGUGAGAAGAUGGAAUACAUUGUUGCAAAAGAUAAGGGAAGAAGCAAAAUAGUAUUGUUUCCUAGCCUAACUUCUCUUAACCUUUCACAUCUGCCAAAUUUGAUGGGUUUUUGCAAAGAUAAUAAUGUUUCUCUUGAGUGGUCUUUGUUAGAACGAUUGUGGUUUUCUGAAAUUGUCGGUUCCAAAAUCGUUUCAGUUUUAAAAUCGUCAACAUUGAGUACGAGUGACGUGGUUGAUCAUCUUGAUACUACCUUUUGUGCCACAUUGAUACCACGAAAAAGGAAAAAGCAAGAUAAUAAUUUCAGUAAAGAGGUUUCAUUAAUAAAGAAUCAGAGGGAUCCAUCUGUUAGCAAUACUGAUGAAAGUUGUGCAUUUCCGUCCAAAUUGAUUCAACAGUUGCAAAAUCUGAAACAGCUUACGAUUAACGGCAGCGAUUCAGUGGAAGUAAUAUUUUCAUUUGAAGGGCUGAUUAAUGGAGUGCUCAAUUCAGUGGAAGAGAUAUGCUUACUUAAUUUACCAAAUUUGAAGCACCUUUGGUUCAAGAUUCCACCAGAAAUCACAGCCUUCCAAAACCUGCGAAAGUUGAUUGUAAAUGAUUGUGAUAAUUUAAUAAACCUUUUCUCAAUUUGCUCGGCCAAACUUGUAGGAAAGCUACAAUCAAUAGAGAUUAGAAGGUGCAAGAGGAUGGAGGAAAUUAUUGGAAAAGAGGAUGAAGAAAUUAGCAUGCAAAAAAUUGUGUUCCCUCAACUAAGGUCUCUGACACUUGAGGAUUUACCCAAUCUCAACAGUUUCUGCAAUACGAUUUAUGCUCUUGAAUUUCCAUUUCUAGAAACGUUGGAGUUUCGGAACUGUAAAAGGAUGGGGACAUUCUCCUAUGGAUCAUUAAGCAUGCCAAAGCUAGAGAAGGUUAUGAUAGAUGAAGGGUGGCAUCGAUUAAUGAGAUCUGAUCCAAACCUUAAUGCAAAAAUGAGUGAGUUAUUAAGAGAUAUUAGGUAUAAAGAAACAAUUUUGGGAAACUACUCUCAAAUGAGUGAGUUGUUGAAGAUGAAUCAAUAUGAGGAAGAAGGGGAAGCUGAGUUUGAGUCGUGAAGAGGAAAGUGAUGAAGCUGCUUUUAAUGGAGAAUAGCAUUGGGAUCAAGGUGUUCAUGAGUCGCUUAUAAAUUCUGAAGCUGCUUUUUAUUUUUUGAGUCUUGAAAUUCUAAGACAGGUGUGAAAUAGCUUUGCUGCUAUUAAAGACAUAUGGAAGAUUUGUUCAUGUUAUUAUCAUGCUAUGUUUAGUUCUUUUCCUUAGUUUUUCAAUGGGACGACAGACAACUAUGUCUAUAGUUCAUAUGGAUUGUCUAUCAUCAGCAAGGUGACUUUUUUGUCUUAUUUUAUUAUUUUGUGGUUGC